GGAUCACUUUCACAAUUUCCGAAACGAAAUAAAAAUGGCGCCAGCUGAAAUUCUAUGAAGAACAAAAAGUCGACUGCUAGGCAUAGUGACAGAGUGUGCAAAUUAUUUAACACUUUUGUUAACUUCUUCGCAGUGUCUGGUCACCACAUAGUUAUUAAGGACAGCAGGUAGUCAUGGAUUUUGGAAACAGAUCGAAAGCGCGCUCGAAGGUUGAUGAGAGUAAUGUAACAAUUGACGAACACUACCCACAUCGCUUGCAGCUGUACAGCACCCCGCCCUCAGGCACCAUUUCUCUUCAGGAAUUUGAAGAACUGGCAGUUGAAAGACUGAAGGUUUUGAAAGCUGUGGAGACGAUUGGAAUCACGCAUCAAAAGGGAACUCCGAAAUACCUUGAGCUGUUGACGAAAGAAAUCUCUGCUACCAAAUUGAAGGACUCUAUUCUUCAGAAGCGGAAAUUGCCACCAGGAGAGGAAGUUGAGAACAGAGUUCGGGAUCACAUUUCUCAUUUUAUUCUGAGAUUGGCAUAUUGCAGAUCAGAAGACCUGAGAAGAUGGUUCCUCACUCAAGAAUUAGACUUGUUCAGAUUUCGGUUCCAGGAGGAAAAUACAGAGAGUAAGGCCAGGUUUCUAAAGUGUGCAGGACUGAAGUACAAACCAGUUUCUACAGAAGAACGGGACUCAGUUGUCAAAGAGCUGGAUGGUACAGAUCACUUGACAAACACCACAGACCUUGAAUAUUAUAAGGUACCUUUUACGGAAGCUCUUGAUUUGGUGCGAGGGAGAAAAGUGUUCUUGCGAGCUGGAUUUGCUUACGUUCCAAGAGAUGACUUGGUUUCCAUUCUCCUCUCAGUGUUUAGAGUUCAGCUCUCGCAUGCCUUAGCGAUUACGGCGCGGGCACUGCCGGGCAUGGAGGAAGAUGGACGCCUGUUGCCCAUGCUGUGUGGCCUCAGUAAAAGGUACCUGGGUCAGGACUACAGCGUCAAGAAACAGAACGUUGGUGUUGUUACUGCUGAUAUGAUUGAUAUGCUGUCGAAGAAGUCGUUCCCCCUGUGCAUGCAGAAUGUCCAUGUCCAUCUCAAACAGAGCCACCAUCUUCGCCACGGCAGCAGACUUCAGUACGGCCUUUUCCUCAAGGGUAUUGGCCUGUCCUUGGAAGAGGCUGUGAAAUACUUCCGAAUAGAAUUUAUGAAAAGCAUGGACGUUGAUACGUUUGACAAGAAAUAUUCCUAUGGUAUACGGUACAACUACGGCAAAGAGGGCAAGAAGACGGACUACACACCGUUUGGCUGUAUGAAAAUCAUCAUGAACAACCCACCUGCCACUGGGGACUCACAUGGUUGUCCUUUCCGUCAUUUUGACACAGAUUUGCUGAAACAAAGAAUAUCUUCACAAGGUUUGACGAAAGAGGGAGUUGAGACGGUGAUGAAGUAUACCAAAGGCGGUCACUGUCAGGUGGCUUGUGCCAAAUACUUUGAGCUGACUCAUGGGAUCAGUGACAGCGGCACAGAGGUGGAGAUGGUUAUACAGCACCCGAACCAGUACUUUGAGCGCAGUCAGAAGUUGCUCAAUGGUCCAGCAAAGCCUUCAUCGACACCUAGAACUGUGAAAAUUGUCAGCUCACAGUCCAGCACACCGGGUUCAUCUGGCGGCAGUGCAGUUGUCGUGAAAUCGGAGCCAAUAGAUGAAGACAUGGACGAUGAUAUGGGGUUCUCUGCGACAGAGCUGGCGUCAUUAGAUGAGAUGGCUGCGGCGUGAUGUGAAAAUGUGCAAAGUUGUUUAUUUAUGACUAGUUUACGUCAACUCGUGUGUAAUAUUUCCUGUUAAUUAUUUGGUAAUUUUUUUAAUUGACAAAGCCUGAUUUGUAACAAAUUCUCCUUUUAUUUUGUAUGUCAUGGAUUGAAAAUAAGAGGCACAACAUCCGAGUUGUUUGCAUAGGACAUUCAAUUUAGAUGAAAGUGAGGUCUGACAAAUUGACAAAUUUCUAGCUAUUUCAUUGGGUCCGAGAUUGCUGGUGUAAGGUAUGUAGUUUAUUUACCUUGAAUUGUUGCUAUUGUUGUUAUCCAUCCAGCAACAAACUUGAUUUAAGAAACAGAAAUUUCUAUUCUUGAAGGUGAGUUCAAGGUUUUGUUGAGUUCGGUAUCGAGGAAUGCGUGGUUUACAAUAUUUUGUAAAAUGUAUAUGUUUUAUUUACAAUCUGUUUAUAUGUUCUGUAUGAAGUUUCUUCACAUUUAUUAGUCAGUCAGUGAGUGGUUCUGGAAAAGAAUGGAAAAUAGUUAUAAGCGUCUGUCUUUGUACUGUACAUGAUAUAUUCAUGUCUGGGCGAAUUUGAAUUUGACAUUUCAAGAUUAAGAAUCUUUGUCACCAUCAUCAACUUAACCCUCACUGCUUUUGUUACACAUGUUUAUGUUUACAGACUGAUGAAUACGUGAUACACAACUUUAUUAAAUAUUUCCUGUUAGGAGCUCAUGACAUGACUCUUUGGGACAGCGUUAUUUUAAUCAAGCUUUUGUUGUCUCAAUUAUAAUAUAUUGGAGUAAAUUCAACUGUUGCAAUUCUAGUUGAUGGAUAGAAAAGGUUUUUCACCCCAACCUCCUCCCCACCUGGCACAGUUUAAAUCUUUUGAGAGGCAGGCUGCUUUGUCCCUGGCUGUGAUAGGUGUGUGUCAGCAGAAAGACAGAGAUUUGAUAAUGACUUCUCGACUGUGUAGUCGAACUUUGGUCUUGUGCAUGCUAGGCAAAGAGCAUAAUCUGUAUUCUGUAAACACCAAUUAUGUUGAUUGUGGAUAAAUGAAAAUGUAGAUAUCAUUUCAUACUAAAAGGAGGGAUAAUUAUGAUGGGUGGGUUGACAAAACAGGGUUAGAGAAUAAAGUGGUGGUUGCUAUCGAGUGAGAGUAGUACUCAUACAGUAUCCCAGCUGACAGACAAGUUAUCUGCCUAUUCCACCCUGGUACUGGGUAUAGAAGGCUCGCCUCCUGUCUCUGUUCAAGGCCUUGUCUUGUCACAUUGUGGACUGGCUUCCUAAGCUGGUGCUCUGGUGUGGUUUGAUCUGUUUGAUCUUUAUUUCUUAUCAAACAUCUCUUGUCCUGAUCUCUCCUUCUU